AUGUUUGAGAAUAUUCAUGAAGUACGAAAGGCAAUGGAUUUGUUCCUGAACUCAUACACGGAAGAAUGUGAUGCCUUGUUGCUUCCAAAGCGUGAUGCAUCCAUGUAUCAUUCUUUAGGUUAUGCUUUUAUUUUAUCCCUCAAAGCUGUACUUACUUAUCAACGUGCUGAUAUCGAAUCUGCAUUGGAUGCCAUGAAACAUGCUUACCAAGUGGCUGAUAAAUUCCGUAAACGUGAUAGUUCUUGGAAAAAUGCUGCUCAUAGUUUGAUGACCACUUAUUCUGUACAAGAACUCAAGGAAAUGACAACCAUUCAACGUCAUGCUGAACUUGUGUUUGCAGAAACUUAUCUGAUGAAAGCUGGACUUCAAAUUGUAUAUGAAGAAUCAUUUGUUGCAUUUUUACGUGAAGGUGUAAAGGUACAUGCAUCUCAUCAAAUCUACAAAGCGCUGGAACGGUAUCUUAUGCAUGUGCAAGAAGAAGCUAGUCAAGGCAAGGAUGUAUCUGGCUAUGGCAUGGAUGCUCAUUUUGCUUCAGGGAUUGCAUUUGGUAUGGGAUGUUUUAAUUUAGCCAUCAGUAUGCUUCCUGAUAUCGUACUUAAAAUGGCAGAAUUUGUUGGUUUUCAUGGUGAUCGUGGUCUAAGCAUGUGGUAUUAUCAAUCCAUUGGUGGUUGGGAUAAAGUGGCAAUGAUGACAAAAAAACAAGAAAAACAACCUCAAACAGAACUUCAAGGUCCUCAUGAAGGUUUACGUAGACAAUUCUGUGAUAUGAUGUUGAUAUUGUAUAAUAUUGUCCUAGCAAAACUGACACCCGUGUCACAUGUGAAUGAACCUCUAUCUGAUUUAAUUUUACAAUAUAAUCUCAAGCUCUAUCCUCGUGGAAUGGUCUUUCUUACAUUGAAUGGUCGACGAUUGGCCACGCAACGACAACUUCAGGAAGCCAAGGUUUAUUAUCAACGAGCUAUUGAUGCACAGGAUUACAUGAAACAACUACAUCAUAUCUCCUUUUGGGAACUAGGCUUUAUUGCUCUGUUGGAACAAGACUGGAAAACGGCCCAUCAAUUAUUUCAACGAUUGAAUAAGGAAAGUAACUGGUCCAAAGCUGUUUAUACUUACUUACAAGGCUUAUCUCUCUAUCUUUAUGCUACUUAUGAUAUGUCACCUGGUGAAAAACGCAAACAAUUAAUUCUCAAAUCUGCUGAAUUGAUGGCCCUUGUUACCAAAUCAAAACAAAAAAUUGCAGGCAAAUCCAUCUUUAUUGAGAAAUUCGUAGCAAGAAAAUCGCGCAAAUUUGACCUCCAAGGUAACCGGUUACUCUUCCCGGAUUUGGAAAUCAUUCAUGCGUUCAGUGGACUUGAUUUGUUAACCAUUCCCUUGAUGCGCAAGAACCUUCAUCGCAUCAAUGCCAUGUUGAAACGAUUGGCUAAUAGUCACUCCUUCUAUGUGUACGAUGAUCUUUGUCUUUGUCAUUUCUUACGCACCAAUCUCAUUCGGUUGUUAUUAGAAGACCAGGAACAAAAAGAAAAACAGCAAGCCCUUGAUUUGAAAGAUGGGGAUUAUAUCAUCCAACAACAAGAUGGAUUCACUCUAGCUGAAAUGAAAGAGAUGCACAAGGAAUCUGUCCAUACUGUCAUGACAUUGGCAGAAAAGAUUCAAUUGGAUCAUUGGCUUUACUAUUUUACGGUGUAUGAACAGGCUCGGAUGAUGAUCAUGGAGGCUGAUUAUGAUCAAGCGAAGAAAAAGAUCCAAUAUCUCAUUGACCGAUCUGAAAGACAUGAUUUUAACGUGGGUGCUGGCCAACGAGCUAAAAACAAGUAUUCCAUGGAAAAUGCCCUGAUUUUGAAAUGUCAUAAUUGUUUAGGUGUCAUUGAUGAAUUGUCUUCUAAAUAA